UACCACCAUCUGAAGUGAUACUCUCGGUGGCCACGACCGCAGGUUCAGCCUACUAAUGUUGCACCUUUGCACCAAUCGCGCUGGGCAAUCACACAACUCAGGCAAGUCUCAGUGGGCCGACUGGGAAGGGGAAGCUGGUUUACAAGCUUGGAGGAGACUGCACAGCUACUGCAAGCAACGACUACAUCCAAGGCUAGGGCGUAGAGGAAGUCAAAUCCGGCUGAGCUACGAUGUAACGCUUCGUCUCGCCCCGCCGUCAUGAUCAUCGAGCGCGCGCCGCGUCGGAACCGGCCAGCGUGGGCCAAUCAAAUGCCCGCCGACGCCAGCUCAUCCAUCUCGAACCUCAACGGAGUCAGGCACCGCCUUCCGCCAUCCGCACCACCACUUUAUCCCUCCAUCUCGACCCUCGAAAGAGUUUUCUUCAAGCACUGGCCGUCGCUCUCGAUGCUCGCCUCUCGAUCUCGGCCCUCGACACCGACUACCUGGGGCGGCCAAUCAAGCACCGCCACCCGCCGUCCGAACACUCGAUGGUCACCUCUUGUUCUCGACUCGAGUUCCUCCUUUUCUCCUCUUCCCCUCGCGCGUGCACCGAUCAUGGUCACGCUCCCCCGUGCUCUGCGACGCUCAAGGUGCAGCACCAAGCUCGUACUGCUCGAGGCACAAGCUCCUGCUGAGGACGGUGACACGGCCGUGCGUAGCUCAGCGUCCCUCGCCCACGCCGGCCCAGACAAAGAGGCUACUCAGCGCCACUCUACCGAGUCAUCUGUCCCCCAGCACCUCCCCACAGCACCUCUUUUCUAGCACCUCUCCCCCAGCACCUCUCCCCCAGCACCGCUCUCACAAGUGCAUGCGCACGACAAUCCUAAGCCAAAAUCCGUGCUAGAAGCCAUGACGUUUGGGACCAUGUCUUUGGC